CUUUUGCCUCCGAUACCAGAUCGACAACACCCAUCUCCCCAGCGACCGGCGCAUUCGCUAUAACUCGUUUCGGUCCUCAGCCAGACAACCGAAAGCCAAAGAAAGACUUACGUCACACCAAAAGUAAUUCCACACACCCGGAAUUACCGAGGAGUCCAAAUUUCAAGAAAAAAAAAAAAACAACAACCAAAACCCCCCCAAAAAAUAGAGGAAGAAUUAAACAACAAUGUCGAACAAGCACGACGACCCUCCCGCCUACAGCAACCCGGCCUACCCGCAGCCCGCGUACCAGCACGACCAACAGGGCGGCGCCGCGGCGGGCUACUACCAGCAGCAACCGCCGAUGGGCUACGGCCAGGCGCCGCCGCCGCCGCAGGGGCAGUACGGGCAGCCUCCGGCGGGGUACUACUAUCCGCCACAGCAGCAGCAGCAGGGACCGUAUCCGCCGGCGGGGUACUACCAGCCGGCUCCCUACGGGUCGCCGCAGCAGCGGGAGAAGAGCGGACCGGGCUUUUUCGAGGCGUGUCUGGCAGGCAUGGCUUGCU